CUUGUAACCUGUUGUAACUAAUGUAAACGUAAGUGUUAAUUUAAAGUGCUAUACUGGACUGUCAUAUUGACAAUUUUGUCAAUUAUUGAUUUACUUUGUUUACGGAGGAAGUAAUUCUGUAUAUGGAAUCGGACUUAAAUGGUGAUGAAGUGUUAUUAAAUGACACAUGUUAUCACACCACGUGCUAACCUGGACUAUUUGUAAACAAAUCGAUUUUCCCAUCAAAUCGAAAGAACCAUGACGUUUGCUGGAUUAAAUUUGAGCCCUUGGAUAGUGAAUCAGUGUAAUUCUAUGGGUUUGAAGACACCGACGUUGAUUCAACAGAAUUGUAUCCCUAGAAUUCUAGCUGGUGAUGAUUGCAUUGGUUGUGCGAAAACUGGCAGUGGUAAAACACUUGCGUUUGCAUUGCCUGUUAUACAGAAAUUGUCCGAGGAUCCUUAUGGCAUAUUUGCUUUGAUUUUAACACCUACCAGAGAACUAGCUUUUCAAAUAGCAGAUCAAUUCUCAGCAAUAGGAAAGUCCAUUAAUUUAAAGAAGUGCGUAAUUGUUGGUGGAAUGGAUAUGGUUGUUCAAGGUUUAGAAUUGUCAAAGCACCCGCAUAUUGUUGUUGCCACUCCAGGACGUCUAGCAGAUCAUUUAGAAAGUUGUGAUACAUUUUCUUUGGCAAGAAUUAAGUUCUUGGUUCUCGAUGAAGCUGAUAGGCUUCUUGGAGGUCACUUUGAUGACCAGUUGAAAACUAUAUUUAAUGCUCUGCCUAAGCAAAAGCAAAUUCUUCUUUUCAGCGCAACAAUGACAGAUACUCUUGAUAAAGUGAAACACAUUGCAUCUGGCAAGGUCUUCAUGUGGGAAUCUAAUGACGAAUCUGGUGUAGCCACUGUAAAAGAAUUAGAUCAACGUUAUGUACUUUGUCCAAAUGAUGUACGCGACUCCUUUUUGAUAGAAGUAGUUAGAACAUUCCGAUCGACUAACAAGGACGGAUCGAUAAUGAUAUUUACAGAUACUUGCAAGAAUUGUCAGUUGUUAUCUAUGACAUUAAAUGACAUCGGUUUUCAAAAUGUAGCUCUUCAUGCAAUGGUAAAACAAAGGGAUCGUCUCACAGCGCUUAGCCAGUUCAAAUCAAAUCAUACAAAGAUUUUAAUAGCUACAGAUGUUGCAUCAAGAGGUUUAGAUAUUCCUACAGUUCAAUUGGUUAUAAAUCAUAUUGUGCCAAAUGUGCCAAAGGAAUACAUUCAUAGAGUUGGUAGAACAGCCAGAGCUGGCAAAGAUGGUAUGGCUGUUACUCUAAUAACUCCACACGAUAUCAAAUUAUUGCAUGCCAUUGAGGAUACUAUCGGAACAAAAUUAACAGAGUAUAAAGUUAACGACAAGGAAAUAGUUACGAUCUUUACGCAAGUAUCGGUUGCUAAAAGGGAAGCAGAAAUGAAGCUGGAUGAAACAGACUUUUAUGAAAAGAGAAUGAUAAACAAACGUAAAAAGCUUAUUCUUGAAGGGAAAGAUCCAGAUGAAAUCGAAGAGAUACUAGAGCGUAAAUUAAAGAAGAAGAACAGAAGGAAACUUGCUGAAAAUGCAUAUAAUGCAGAUAAGUGCGCUUAG